UUAUUUGUGGGGAGGCGCUGUAGCCAUUUCGCCACAUGAAAGCCCGAUGAGCUGAACGACCAACAUCCGAGUUGUUCGUGAAGAAGGAGAAAUCAGCUUUGAGGAGCUCUGCGCGCACACACACGUACACGAACUUGCGCGCAAAAGACGCACAGCGCUCUCACACGCACACUUCCUCCUCUUCCACCGUGGAAAAAGAGAGAGAGGGAGAGAGGGGGGGAAUUGAGAGAAGACGCACGAAACUUCCAACUCUCCCAUGUGACAAAGAGAGGUUUGAAGAUAAGGUGUAUUUUUCCUCUUCGGGGUCCCUUCCCCUUUGGUCUCUCUCUCUCUCUCUCUCUUUAUCUCUCUCUCUCUCUCAGUGCCUUUGCCGGGAUAUUUGUGUUUCUAUGAGAGUCUCUCUCGGCGAGAAGAGAAGUUUGGUUGUUUGCCUGGUCGGCUGAGGAGGAGGAGGAGAAGAGUCUGUUUAAACGUGGGGGUAAGAUGGUCCACAACGCCGCUUGGAGAAGAGGCUUGCUAUGCGUCCUGACGCUCUAUCUCGGCUUUGCGUCCCCGCCGUGCAAAGCUCGGAUUUACACCAACCACUGGGCAGUCAGGAUAGCCGGGGGACCCGAGGUGGCUGACCGGAUAGCGGAAAAAUACGGCUAUAGGAACAUGGGACAGAUUGGGGCUCUUAAAGACCACUAUCACUUCUUCCAUAGUCGCACUAUUAAGAGGUCGACUCUGUCCAGCCGUGGUCGCCAUAGUUUCAUCUCUAUGGAGCCUAAGGUGGAGUGGAUACAGCAGCAGGUGGUGAAGAGGAGGAUCAAGAGGGAUUACAGACCGGCCCCACCCCUUUCCCUGUCAAGCCCCGCCCAUAGCAGCCCAGCCCAAAACAACAUAUUCUUCAAUGACGCCAAGUGGAACAGUAUGUGGUAUAUUCACUGCAAUGAUGAUGUCCAUAAUUGCCAGUCGGAUAUGAACAUCAUGGGAGCAUGGAAGAGAGGCUACACGGGUAAAAACGUGGUGGUGACCAUACUAGAUGACGGCAUCGAGAGGAACCACCCAGACCUCUAUCAGAACUACGACCCUAAGGCAAGCUAUGAUGUCAAUAGCAACGAUGUGGAUCCCAUGCCUCGAUAUGACGCGACCAACGAGAACAAACACGGUACACGGUGUGCGGGUGAAGUUGCUGCAGCUGCAAACAACUCCCACUGCAUUGUGGGAAUUGCCUACAAUGCUAAAAUAGGAGGUGUGCGAAUGCUGGAUGGAGAUGUAACAGACAUGGUGGAGGCCAGAUCUCUUAGCCUGAACCCAGACCACAUCGACAUCUACAGCGCCAGCUGGGGACCUGAUGAUGAUGGAAAGACUGUGGAUGGACCAGCAACUCUGGCCAGGCAGGCCUUUGAGAAUGGCAUCCGCAUGGGGAGGAAUGGCCAUGGCUCCAUCUUUGUAUGGGCUUCAGGUAACGGCGGGCGCAGCAGAGACCACUGCUCCUGUGAUGGCUACACCAAUUCUAUCUACACCAUCUCCAUCUCCAGCACAGCUGAAAGUGGACGCAAGCCCUGGUACCUGGAGGAGUGCUCGUCUACACUGACCACCACUUACAGCAGCGGGGAGAACUACGACCGAAAGAUUAUCACAACAGACCUGAGACAUCGGUGUACAGACAGUCACACAGGGACGUCAGCCUCGGCUCCCAUGGCUGCUGCAAUAAUUGCUUUGGCCCUGGAGGCGAAUUCUCUCCUAACAUGGAGAGAUGUUCAGCACAUCAUUGUGAAGACCUCUAGAGCCGGACAUCUCAGCGCUCCUGACUGGAAGACGAAUGCUGCUGGUUACAACGUCAGCCACCUUUAUGGCUUUGGCCUCAUGGAUGCUGAGGCAAUGGUGAAGGAGGCAGAACGAUGGAAGCAAGUCCCUACUCAACACAUCUGCGUGGAGAGCGCAGACCGACAAAUCAGAACAAUCCGUCCAGAGCACGUGGUUCGGUCGGUGUACAAGGCAACGGGAUGCACGGACAACCCCAACCAUCACGUGAUCUACCUGGAGCAUGUGGUGGUACGCAUAACAAUUACACACCCUCGCCGUGGGGACCUGUCAAUCAACCUGACUUCACCCUCAGGGACCAAGUCUCAGCUGCUUGCUAACAGGUUGUUUGAUCACUCCAUGGAGGGUUUCAAGAACUGGGAGUUUAUGACCACCCACUGCUGGGGAGAGAAGGCAGCAGGCGACUGGGUCCUAGAGAUCUAUGACUCACCUUCACAACUUCGCAGCCAGAAAGUGCCUGGCAAGCUAAAGGAGUGGUCACUGGUGCUGUAUGGCACCUCUGUGCACCCAUACUCAACUGGGCACAUAGAUAAGCCUCACAUUGUAGACCCUGAUGAGGAGUUCCCCGAGGAGUACCCUGGCCCCUGUGACUCUGAAUGCAAUGAGAAUGGCUGCUGGGGUCCUGGACCCCACCACUGCAUUAACUGCCUCCACUACUUCCUCAAGUUCAAGAACAACACCAGAAUGUGUGUAUCGGAGUGCCCCAGUGGCUUUUUCCGUGAUGAUAGGAAGCGCUGCAAGAAGUGCUCCUCCUCUUGUGAGACCUGUGUUGGUAGUCGUAGUGACCAGUGCACCACAUGCAGGAGUGGGUUCCACCUCAUCGAGGGCUCCAACACGUGUGUCGCCAACUGUCUCGAUGGCUUCUACCUCGAUAAUGAGUCCAACAUUUGCAGGCGAUGUCAGGAGAACUGCAAGAAGUGUACAGCCUCCAAUAUCUGCACAGAAUGUAAACCUGGGAUGAGCCUUCAGGGAAACAAGUGUCAGAUGACCUGUGACCCUGGGACUUACUACAAUGGUCACAGAAGGACUUGUGAACCCUGUCAUCGGGCCUGUGCCACCUGCGCAGGCACAGGUAUAGAGGCUUGCACAAAGUGUGCAGACGGCUACUUACUUGAAGAUUGGCGGUGUGUCUUAACAUGCAGUCCUGGCUACUACCUGUCAGAGCAGACCUCAGACAACGGGCAGGUGCAGAGGUCCUGUAAGAAGUGUGACAGUAACUGCUAUGAGUGCUUGGGGCCCGGGGAAAGAAACUGCAGCAGCUGCAACAGUGGUUACAAUCUGGAGGCAGGAGCCUGCGUGGUCAGCACCAUCUGCAAAGAUGCAAAUGAAGAAUCUUGGGCGGAAGGCAGUUUCUGCGUGCUCGUUAAAAAGAACAAUCUCUGCCAGAGGAAAGUGCUGCAACAACUGUGCUGCAGAACAUGCUCACAAAAGGGGUGAUGGGACGUAGUCACUGGGUGU